AUGCCGUUGAUGCGAACCAAGUUUCCUGCUUCGGUUCAGGCAAAGCAGCCCCAGGCCAUAAUGUUUCCACCACCGUGCUUUACCACAUCGCUGUUCAAAGGAGUUUCUCUGCUGUUGUUGCUGCUAUUGCUGCUGCUGCUGCUAUUUCCACGGAAUCUACAGGCUGGACAUCACACUGCCAGGGCAGUCUUCUCGAUCUGGACGUCUAGACGGGACACGGAAUUCUUCACCACGUGGUCGCUGACGAACAAGGAACGCAGGUUUAGUCAAGAGAACCCAGGUAACCUAUAUCGAAUAGGAGCAGAUGAGCUGUGGGAGAAAUUCAAUGAGGUUCAGGCGGAAAUUGAAUUAGACGAGGACUUAACCAACGAUUUAGCUGAAAUUCGAGCUUCGUUCGAGACUGAAUACUUCGAACUGAAAGGGUCUUUGGCGAGAAAACUCGAAAUUGUUACCGAGCGCACUGACCGACCUCCCGCUUCGCCUGGUGUUCCACCUGCAUACGCUUCCUCUGUUCGUCUCCCUGAACUGAAAAUUCCUGAGUUCAGUGGAAACAAAAUUCAGUACCUGAAAGCUGUGCUGAAAGGAGAAGCUUUACGUCUCAUUCAAUCGCUUACUGUUUCAUCCACUAACUACACAAUCGCAUGGGAUCUGUUGAGAAAGAGAUUUGACAACAAGAAUCUGCUAAUAAAGCAACAUUUUUCGGCACUGUUAUCUACUUCCUCAGUACGUAAAGAAUCGUCAGUUGUUCUAUCCAACUUAGCUGACGGGUUCGAAAAGCACAUCAAUGUGCUCAACAAAUUGGAAGAUUCCAACAAUCAUUGGAAUUCUUUCCUUGUAGAGCUGCUAAGCAGUAAGCUCGACCCGACAACGCAGAAGGAAUGGGAACAACAGCUCGAUGAAACUGAACGACCAACGUACCAAACAUUAGUUGAGUUUGUUCAGAAACGCGCACGAAUUCUACAAUCACUAACGCUCUCCCAGAUUUCGAACCAAGUGAACAAAUCCGAAUCAAAGCACGAGUUAAAACCUGUCAGAAGUAAAACCUCCUCAUAUCACACUACAAAUAGUUUCCCGAAGUGUAUCAUGUGCAAGAAUUCACACAUAUUAUCCCAAUGUGACGAUUUUAAGAAACUUUCGGCACAACAACGUUUCGAUGUGGCCAAGCGCCACGGCCUCUGCUUAAAUUGUUUGAAGGCGUCACAUUUGAUGAAAAAUUGUUCAGCUGGUUCGUGUCGAACAUGCAGCAGACGACAUCACACACUGUUGCAUCUGAAUUCACAGUCUUCGGAUCCUGUCGCUCAAUCUGAAUCUGUGGCAGCACAGGUCGGCCAAUAUUCACAACUCUCACAAUCGGCCACGGUUGUCGAAGCGCCACCGUCGGUUACGUGCAUUGCCGAUCAAUGUCACGUGGUCCCUCGGGGUACGCAGUCUACACCGUCAUGCUCAGCCCGCUCUUCCUCGCAAGUGACUAAUUGCCAAUCCGUCACUCCAAACCAAUCGUUCGUUUCGAAAGGCAGCACAUCUGCUGUCUUUAUGCUCACAGCGUAUAUCAAAGUUAGACACGCUGAUGGCACUUAUCUCUUCGCCAGAGCACUGUUGGACUGCGCAUCCGAAGCCAAUUUCGUUACCGAAGAACUAGCCCAAAAGCUUUGCUCAAAGCGCAAGCUCGCAGACAUAGAUGUUUACGGCAUCAGUCAAUCGGUCAAGAAAGUGAAACACCAAACAACUAUUACAGUUGCCUCUCGCUUUGGAUCAUACAAUACUAGUAUAGACUGUCUGAUACUACCUACGUUAACUCGAAUUUUACCUACUGCCAAUGUAGAUAUAUCGAAAUGGGUUAUUCCUCGCCACCUCCCUCUCGCAGACCCUAAAUUUAACAUCGCUCACGAUGUAGACAUAAUCAUCGGUAUAAGGAAUUUCUUCUCGAUCUUAGAAAAUGAGCAGAUCUCACUGGGCGAUAGCAUGCCGGUGUUGCGCAAAACAGUGUUCGGAUAUGUUGUCGCCGGAGAAGCAUCGAGUCACCAUAGUCCUGUGGUGGUUUGCAACGCAUCAACUGUUGAAAACUUGGCGUCAGCAGUUCACAAAUUCUGGGAGGUGGAGAGUUUUGAGAAGGGAAAGGCAUUUUCCCUCGAGGAACAGCAUUGCGAGGAAGCAUUUUUGAAUACGCAUUAUAGAGCCGGUGACGGUCGUACGUGGUACGUCUGCCGAUUCCGUCCCGAGAGCACAACUACAAAGACGAGGGUAGUGUUCGACGCCUCGUGUCGAAGCUCCAACAAUCUAUCAUUAAACGGCCUCUGCUAUAUUGGACCCACAGUUCAACCACCGUUACUGUCUACACUUCUUAACUUUCGGUUGCCGAAGCACGCAAUAACUGCCAAUGUGGAGAAGAUGUAUCGGCAGGUUCUCAUCCACGAAGAAGACCGUGCACUACAGCUGAUCUUGAGGAGAGAGAACCCGAAGGAACAACUGAAAACGUAUCGUUUGAAAACAGUGACUUAUGGCACUGCUCCUGCUCCGUACCUCGCCACCCGCGUGUUGAACAAAUUGGCCGAGGAUGAAGCCGAAAAUUACCCGUUGGCUGCUACGAAAGUGCUGAGUUCUUUCUAUGUGGACGAUUAUCUUUCGGGAGAUGACGAUGAGCAACGCCUGAUAGAAACAAAUAAUCAGCUGAUAGAUCUGCUUCGUUGGGAGGGUUCAAUUUGCGAAAGUGGUGUAGUAAUAACCCCAACAUUCUCUCACAUAUCCCCGAAUAACUUCGAGAUACUCAAACAGAAUAGGAAAUCAACAAGUCAGGAUCGGUGA